GCGCGGAUGACACCGUCGCCAAGGCAACACGGCCAUACUGGCCAACCGACCCAGGGGCAGGGGGCUGCGGGGCCGCGGCCUCGUGGGCAGAGCCGGUAGCAUGGACAGCCUCUUCGUGGAGGAGGUGGCCGCCUCUCUGAUCAGGGAGUUCCUCAGCAGAAAGGGCUUAAAGAAGACAUGUGUGACCAUGGACCAGGAACGCCCACGCUCUGAUCUCAGCAUAAACAGCAGAAACGACCUCCGCAAGGUUUUACAUCUUGAAUUUCUCUACAAGGAGAACAAGGCAAAAGAAAAUCCUCUAAAAACCAGCCUUGAACUCAUGACCAGAUACUUUCUGGAUCACUUUGGAAAUACUGCUAAGAAUGUUACUCAGGAAACACCAAUCCCUGCACUUUCAAUUGCAAAGAAAAAUAACAAAUCACCAUUGAGGUGCUCAGAGACCACGCUGGUAAAUAUAUACAACCUUGCAGAUGAAGAGGCAGUGUGGAGAACAUCAUUGUCAGAAACAAGCAAAGCCAGACACGACAAUCUUGAUGGGGAUGUACUUGGUAAUUUUGUGUCAUCCAAAAGGCCCCCACACAAAAGUAAGCCCGUGCACACUGUCCUAGCUGAAAGCCCCCCUGUGGCUCCUACAUGGGAGAAGAUGGACAAUCUUCAGUUGUCAGAGCCUUCCUUGGACACGAAGAGGGUGGGAGAGAAGAUCAGGCCAAAGUCUGGCCUGAUCGCCCGAGGCAUGAUGGCUGGGCCCACCACCAGCUCUCCACAGGAUUCCCUCCGGAAACGCUCCCUGAGGCGGCCCCCGGCCUUGAGUAGCAUGACCCAGCCCCGUGAGGAGGAGGAGAGGCGGAAAGCACCCGAGCUCUCCACCCACGCCCCGGCCUGCCCUGCCCCACAGGAGGGCCUGGCUUCCAGCACAGGCUUCACCACCAGGAGCCCCCUGGGCCAGCUCAGUGAGCCCACCUCAGAGAAGAGCAGAUCUGUGCCCAGCAACCCUCCUCACCUGCUGAGCCAAGGGCUGCUCCACAGGGGGAAUGGCAGUUGGAUGGGUCGUCCAGAGGACAGCCCAGCUGUGGACAGCGGCCCAGAGGCUGACAGGACGCCCUUGAAGUUCUUGCCUGCUGGGAAUGCCAGGACCACCCAGGAGAGGCUGGAAAGAGCGUUCAAAAGGCAGGGGAGCCAGCCCCUGCCCCUCAGGAAAAAUCAGCUGCCAGUGUCCAGCAAGGCCGAUGGUGACCUGGGCGCCCUGCAGCUUGAGGAUGUGGAGGAUGAACUGAUAAGGGAAGAAGUCAUUCUCUCUCCAGUGCCCUCAACGCUCAAGCUGCAAAUAGUGUCAAAGCCCAUCGACCUCUCAGUGGCAAAGGACAUAAAGACCCUUCUGUUUGGCUCUAGCUUUUGCUGUUUCAAUGAAGAAUGGAAACUUCAGAGUUUUUCGUUUAAUGACAUAGCCGCGCUGAAAUAUGGCAUUGUUCAGAAGAAGGGUGGUCCCUGUGGGGUUCUGGCAGCUGUUCAAGGCUGUGUCCUACAAAAACUCCUGUUUGAAGGAGAUGGCAGAGCUGACUGCACUCGGCAGCUGCAGCCUUCAAACGCCCACAGGACCCACUGCCUGGCCCUGGCCAUCUCGGACAUUGUGUGGCGGGCUGGGAGACACAAGAGAGCUGUGGUCACACUGCCUUCGGGAACAGAGCAGUUCAGUCCAACAGGAAAAUACAAAGCAGAUGGAGUCUUAGAAACACUCAUACUCCACACUUUGACCUGCUAUGAGGAGCUGGUGACUUUUCUUCAACAAAGCAUCCAGCAGUUCGAAGUGGGCCCCUAUGGAUGCAUCCUGCUCACCCUGUCGGCCAUCCUGUCACGGUCCACAGAGCUCAUCCGCCAGGACUUCGAUGUCCCCACCAGUCACCUAAUUGGAGCACAUGGCUACUGCACACAGGAACUCGUCAACCUGCUCCUGACUGGGAAAGCCGUGUCGAAUGUGUUCAACGAUGUUGUGGAGCUGGAUUCUGGGAACGGGGACGUCACGCUCCUCAAGGGCAUUGCUGCGCGCAGCGACAUUGGCUUCCUGUCUCUCUUCGAGCACUACAACGUGUGCCAGAACCAGGGAGGCAGACACUGACCCGAGGGACGCGCAGAAAGUGCUGGGUGAAUGGAUUUGCCGAGUGGGUGGAGACCAGCAUUUUCAGGUAGGGCUCAGUUUCAUCACGUGCCGCCUGCAUGACCACAUGUUCAGCUGUGCUGUCCCACUGCUCAGAGGCCACCUCCCCAGGUCCCCUCUCUGGAUGACACUCCCACCCCCACAGACAGGAAGCGGACUUGUGCGUUCUAAAGACUUGGGUAGAGAAGCGUGAUAGUGGCUCCUUCCCAGACGUGCUGGUGUUCAGAGGGAGCCCAGGAAUGUGGGCACAUGGUCUGUGAGAAGCUCCAGGGCCCCGAGCAUGAGACCCUGGGUGGGCUCCGAAAGCACGCGGCCCGAAAUUCCACAGGCUGAGAGGGUAACGUUGGCCGGACUCCUGGAAUCCCCAGGCUUAUCAUGAUCCCUGGUUUCAUUCUUGUCUUAAGGGUGUGGGUCAAAAAGUAAACGAUCUUCCUCUGGUCUGUGGAGGGUAAUUGACGGGAACAUCAAUCAGUUGGGGGUCGGUCAUCCUUCCCUUGGAGUAAAAUGCUGACUGAAGAAAUUCAGGCCCUGCAAAAAUCCAAAUCCUUGAAUCCACAUAGACUCCUUCUGCUGUUGUGUGCUGGGCCGAAGACCAGGAGUUUUAUCUCCUCCAGCAAGUGGAAGUUUGCUCCUCGGCCUUGGGAUGACGGGACUUCAUCAGCCAUCCGUGACCCCACUGGGCUGGUCUUGCCCACCUCCCACCAUCCCCGAGCUCAGCAGUGAGGGUUGGACUGCAUUGCAGGCUGCAGCUGGAAGGUCCCUCCCGGCUCGUGGUCGUCAUGGUGACGGGACACUAACAGGCCAGGGCAGGACAGCAUGAGACAGGGAGUUUAACCUCUGUGCUCCUCCCGUGACCUGCAGGGGAUGUUCACUGCUGCCUUUAGGAAGGGACCCGAGAAAAAGAUGGAGCCACAAGCUCCAGCCUCCUCGGCUUCCUCCAGCCCCACAAACGGCACGUCUGUCCAGUUACUCAAACCAGGAGCAUGUCCAAUCCAUCAGGAGGUCACAUGGCUCCUACCCUAAGUUGUUCCUCAAGUGUCCAAUUUCACCCUGGUCUGAGCCACCAGCGUUGCCGGUCUGGACACCUGUGACAGCUCAGCUGGCCUCGGUCUCCUGUCCCCACCCCUUUCUAAUCCAAAGCCAGUGUGAGCUUUUAAAGAGUGGAUCAGACCAUAUAUUUCCUUUGCUUAACACCCCUCCGUGGUUGUCCAGUCCUCUCAGACUGUUACGGGCUGAAUUGUGUCCCCCAAAAUUCAUGUGUUGAAAUCCUAGACCCCGAUACCUCAGAAUGUGACUGGAUUUGGAGAUAGGGCCAUUCAAGAGGUAAUUGAGUUAAAACGAGUCCCUUGGGGUGAGCCCUAAUCCAGUCUGACUGGUGUCCCUCUCUGAAGAGAAGAUCGAGACACAAACACACGCAGAGGGAAGACCGUGUGAAGACAGAGAGAGGGCCGCCAUCUAGAAGCCAGGGAGACACGGCUCAGGAGGAACGAGCCCUGCUGACGCCUUGAUCUUGGCCUUCGCGUGUUUAAGCCACCAGUCCGUGGCACUGUGGUGUGGCAGCCCUGGCAGACUAAUGCAUAGACUAAACUCCAGGACUUUCCAGGACCUACAAGGCCCUGCGAGACCUGCCCCUGCUUUCCCUCCCUUCACGUUUCAGCUUCAAAUGUCACUUCCUUAAAGGAGGCCUUUCCUCACCUCUUCACUCUACCUAAAUCGGGGUCUCCUCUCGUGGCCCCCUUACCCAAAUGUGUC